UAAGGCAGAAGAAGUCUGAAUCCACAUGUGUGACGUCAUCGCUGUGCUUCACACGGAAACCCAUUUGACAACAAGUACGCUUUUCUUGUAAACAGUCGAGUCUAAGCUAUAUUUUAGAGCGCCUUUUUAUUCUACUUCAUAUUGGCCGGACUUAAAUCGAAUACUACUGUUGCUGCGACUGCAUCGAUCGGCAAACUUCAGCGUUCUACCGGCUGAUAGACGGAGACAGAGCAGUUUGUUUACAACCAAACACCAGCUUCCAGUCGAUGGCCUGCACUUUAGAGAAAGUACUGGGCGAUGCUCGAACCCUUCUAGAGAGGCUGAAGGAGCACGACACCGCUGCCGAGGGGCUGAUCGAGCAAUCCGGGGCCCUGAGCCAAAGGGUUCAAGGGAUGAGGGAGGUGGGCAAUGCCCUCCCGGACAAGCAUACAGAAGAGAUUUCAGAGGUGCACGAGUUGAGCAAGUACAAGCCCCAUGUACUUCUGUCCCAAGAAAACACUCAAAUCAAAGACCUACAACAGGAAAAUAAAGAGCUGUGGGUGUCUCUUGAGGAGCACCAGUACGCCUUAGAACUCAUCAUGGGGCGGUAUCGAAAGCAAAUGCUUCAGCUGAUGAUGGCAAAGAAAGAGUUGGACACCAAACCUGUUUUGAGUCUGCAUGAAGACCAUGCCAAAGAAAUGCAGAACCAAGUGGAACGGAUAUGUGAAAUGGGUCAGGUGAUGAGAAGAGCCGUGCAGGUGGAUGAUCAGCACUACUGCUCUGUACGAGAGCGCCUUGCCCAACUGGAGAUCGAGAACAAGGAGCUGCGAGACCUCCUGGCCAUCAGCAAGAGCACUGUGAAGACUGAGGAACCAGAGAAGCCUGCAACCCAAGAUUAAACCCGGCAACUAGAUUCAGAUAAUGAUAACAGAAUCUCCACCAGGAGUUGUGGCUUUUUAAAGCAAAUCGUGUGACAAAGUACAUCGCAAUAAUUUGUUGUUGAUCCAAGCCUGAAUUCAAUCUGGAUGGACGUGGUUGUCUGCGUGUGUGUGUGUGUGUGUGUGUGUGUGUGUGUUCCCUUUUCUGUAUGUCAGGUCGAAGGUGUGAUGUUGUUGGAUUGUAUGUUCGGGCAAAGGCAGCAAAUAAGUAUUGUUUUUGGCCACGGAUUCAGUACCAUAGACACAUUCUCUACCUCUUUGGUGCCCCUUUGCACACACUUGAACGUGUACAUCCACUGUCUUUCUUUGACCAUACUUGAAAACAUGCAUGUAGCCAAUUUGUCAUCAGAUUUGUGUUUCAUCGAAAAGUCACAUUGCCAAAUCAGUCUUGCAGUAGUGUCCUCACAAUUCUCUUUUUCUGAGGUGUGUCUGAGAAUCACAUGAAUAUUUUGUUGUUCUGUUAAACCCAUUAUAUUUCAAUGUUGAUCAGUUGUUCGGUAUUUGAAUUGCGACACCAGUGCAGCAGUGAAGGCGAUUGAGUCCUUAAUCACGCAUUCAUUUUCAAACUCCAAGAGUCCUCCAAGAGUUCAAUGUGAUGGACAUUGUAUGGCAUCUUUGGGGAAAGAUUGCAGUAUAAAAUCAUAGUUUCUGUCUCAGGAAUUACAUGUUACGAUGGAAAAUGUUGAGUAUUACACAAAGGUGUGCUCAUAUUGUAUCAAAAAAAGAAUUUUCCGUCAAAGGUCUGGGAAUAAAUUUGAAGUAAAAAAAAAUGAAA